AUGUCUAUAGAAACCCUCUCCGAGUCAUGGUUCGAUAGUAGGGCAUUGACCUCGGAUGACGAGCCAGCUACACCUGCGGAUGUAACAGCCCUGAAACGGCUCUUGAAAGGUGUUGUUUCUCCAUCAGUUGCCGCGAACGAAAUCAUGACCAUGAGCGAAGAUGAAGCGCCACUCGAUUCGAAGCUCGAUCGCAUUGCAUGGCUGAUGUUCGAUGUCGCCAUGGAGUAUCCCGCUGGGCAACCUAUCAUCUUGGAUCUUGAAGACGCAAUUAAUGCUUUGCCUAACUUUAAUAUGAGCGACGAGCAGAAAGCAAGCUUUCCUAAAAUGGCGGAGUGGAAGCGUCUAGACGCUUUGGGGGACGCGAUUGGUGAUAUGUAUAGGUCAUACUGGGCCAAUCGCAAUUCUCCAGAUGGGGAUAUGAGUCUGGCGGAAAGGCGCCGAUUGUGGGCCGCCAUCAAUGCGUUCUUAGCCCGGCGUUGUAUCCGUCAUGGCACCUACCACGAUUUGCACCGUGGUUUAGUGGCGAUACGUACAGCAUUAGAGGAAGAGCCAUGGAACGGCCAGGAGUCGCAGCCCUCGGCAUCUCAAAGCAGCAUUUAUAGCUUAGACGCUGAAGUCCCUGCUGCUGCUGAGUGGAUCCUCAUUGCAGGUCGACUCAUCUACAAUUACAUUGACGAGGAAAGAUUCUCGGCGUUGGCAAGCACUACCGAUUUAUGGAAGGGUAAACCCAGGUUCAGCAAGGAGAGAUGGGCAUUUUGGAAAUCGCGAUUGCGAUGGAUUGAGAUUCAAGCAAAGCUGGCCGAUAAUACUAGAUCGGUUGCAAAGAAGGCAGCAGAUGAGAUGGACGAGAUCGAAAGGCUCCCUCAGGAGCUACUCUGGUCGGGGAAAGUUGACAAAGCCCAUCCGCUUGAUUCUUGUGCCUGCGGCGCAUGUAAUAAGCAGAGACUGCAGAGCGGAGAGGAACCAAAGCGGAAAUAG